CCAUGAACGAAGAUGAGAAGAAGCACGCUGGCCUAGUCUCACUGAGAGACGUGUUCGGUGUCUCGGAAGUUGGAGCUGCAAAGGACGCACAGGAUGAGCUCGAGGGCGUGGGUAACAUUGAUCUCUCCAUCCUGCCCAAGCGUGAGCGGCGGAGGGUCAAGGCCGCGGCGUUUGUCAAGCGGCUGGAGAUCGAGGCGCAGCUGGCGAACGCCAAGGCUGAGAUGCCGCUUGACCUGGCGGUCAUGACCUCGACGCUUGAUGAGAUCCAGUCCUCGCUCGAGGAGGUCGAUGCCGUCGGCAAGGCAAAGUCCGCCAAGGACUUUAAGGGCGCUGCUGUGGCCAAACACGGUCGCACCACCCUCAAGAUGCGCUCGCGGACCCGCCGCCAGGGCGUGGAUCACUUUGCUCUCGUUGCUGCCCACCCGGUCUUCCGCGACGAUCCGCUGGCUGCCAUCGAAGGCCACGUCCUCGCCACCGUCAAGGCCCGCAAGCCCACCCCGCGCAAGGGCAAGACAAAGUCUGGCAUGGGCAAGGGUAAGGGCAAGGUCCAGAACACCCACCGUUCUGCAUCGGUCAAAACCGCCCGCGCCACGCCGGGUUCUGCCCCAUCGUCGCGCCGCAAGAACUUUGGCAAGUCGCAGCGCAAGCGGCGCUAAGCUCUGGCGCUCGUGCGCAGCCCCAAGACAGAUCAAACGCCAUCGCAUCGGC